AUGAAUCUUUGUAAAUAGGUUUCCCACGCAUUUUUUGUAAAUAAAUAAAUUAUUUUUGUAGAAUGCUCAAUAUCUGAAUUGGAAUAGUAAAUCUAAGAUAAAAUUAAAAAGGAUCCUAAUGAUAUAACCUCCCUCACUAUUUUAGGGCAAAUUUAAUUGUAAUAUAAUCAAGAUUUUUAGAGUUCAUUAGCAACCAUCAAAAAAGGAUUGUAAGUAGAUCAAUUUAACAUUGAUCUUAGACUUGAUUUAUUAGAAAUACUAAUUUAAUAUAAAAAAGGAGUAUUCAAAGAUAUUUUAUCUCUGUUUGAGGAGUGCUAUACCUUAGAUCCAAACUAUUGGAGAUGUGAUUAUUUGAAAUCUUAUUUUGCAAUUUUGAUAAACAACAAUAAAUUACAUAGAUAUUCAUUAGAAAGAGCUUUAUAAAAAUAACCAAAUAACUUAUGGGUUAAGAUCAGCCUUGCUUAAUGUUUUGCCGAAAUAAAUAGCCUAAAAAGCAAGGCUCAAGAAUAUCUGGAAGAUAUGGAAUUGGAUAUAUAAAAAAGCUAAUUUAAUGUUGACUAAUAGUCUUAGUAAUAUGUUUUUAACAAUUAUAAUUUUGAAUUACUAAGAAAGAUGGCUAUAACAAACUACCUCCUUAAUAAGUAGCAAAAAGCAUAAGAAUAUUUUUAAAUGGCUCUUUAAAACAAUCCUAAAUCUUAUAAAAUAUUAGCAAAUAUAGCUUAAUUUGAAAGGCUUCAUAAUAAGGAUUACCAUAAAUCAAUAGAAUACUGCAAAUAAGCUCUAAAAUAUUAGCACGAUUGUUACCUAUCACUUUUUAACUGUGCUGUUUCUUAUGAAAAGCUUGGAGAAGAAGAAAAAUUUAUAGAAAUAAUCAAGUAAAGUUUGAAAUAAAAGAAAAGCAAACAAAGCUACCAUUAAAUAGCCUACUACUUUUGGAAAAAAGGCAAUAUGGACGUAACUGCUUAUUAUUCUAAAAAGCUUAUAGAAAGAGACACUACUUAUAUAUAUUCAUAUUACUUGUACAUUCAAUCUUAAGUCAAUUGUCUAAUAGACUAUGAAGAGUUCUAGGAUAUUUUGCUAUAAUAUUUUAACAUCAUUUAGACUUCACAAGAUAUAAAUAGAAGCCUUUUACAAUACAUAUGCAAUUAAACUUUAUUUAUUUACUAAUGA